AUGGCGAAGGACACCCUGGACGUCCGCCCGCCGCGGACCUCUUCUCGCUCCCCCAGUCGCUCUCCCCGGCCAAAGAACCGGAAGAAAGCUACGGCAGUGGCUUCGAGCUACCAAUCAGAUGGCGUUACAGAUAACAAUAUAUUCGAUCUCCCAAUGUCCGACUACAAGGUUAUGGUUCUGGUGACUAUAGUAGCCGCCGUGGUGCGGCUGUUUAGGAUCUACCAGCCGACUAGCGUUGUCUUUGAUGAAGUGCAUUUCGGUGGUUUCGCAACGAAGUACAUUAAGGGUCGUUUCUUCAUGGACGUUCACCCCCCUCUCGCCAAACUCCUUAUUACCCUCGCUGGAUGGCUUGCUGGAUUCAAGGGCGACUUCGACUUUAAGGAGAUUGGAAAGGACUAUCUUGAGCCUGGAGUGCCGUAUGUGGCAAUGCGCAUGCUUCCCGCAAUCUUAGGAGUCCUCACGGUGCCCAUUAUGUUCUUGACUCUGAAGGCUACCGGAUGUCGUACUAACACUGCUGUGCUGGGAGCCGGUGCCAUCCUCUUUGAAAACGGAUUGGUUACGCAAUCUCGGUUCAUCCUCUUGGAUUCUCCCCUGGUGUUUUUCACAGCCCUCACUGCACUGUCUUUCACUUGCUUUACCAAUCAGCAGGAAUUGGGGCCAUCACACGCCUUCCGCGGGCCCUGGUGGUUUUGGCUGGUUGCCACUGGAUUCAGUUUGGGUGCCACUUUGAGUGUCAAGUGGGUUGGUCUGUUUACAGUCGCCUGGGUGGGUUCUUUGACUAUUCUUCAAUUGUGGGUGGUGCUUGGUGAUACAAAUAAUGUUACUCCCCGUCUCUGGUUUAAGCAUUUCUUCGCCCGAGUGUUCUGCUUGAUUGUGAUCCCCCUAGCGUUCUAUUGCUCUAUGUUUGCAAUUCACUUCCGGUGCUUGGUCAAUCCGGGAGAGGGCGACGGUUUCAUGUCCUCCGAGUUUCAGGCUACUCUCAAUUCAAAAGGCAUGGCAGCCGUUCCCGCAGACGUUGUCUUCGGUUCUCGUCUUAGUAUUCGCCACCAUAACACGCAAGGCGGAUAUUUGCACUCUCACAGUCAUAUGUACCCCACCGGAAGCAAGCAGCAGCAGAUCACCCUUUACCCUCAUAAAGAUGACAAUAACCUUUUCAUCGCCGAGAACCAGACUCAGCCUCUCGACGCCAAUGGAGCAGAAAUCCCCGGUCCUUUUGCUUGGGAUAAUCUCACGACAAACUAUAUCGAAGAUGGUGCAGUCAUCAGGCUACACCAUUUGAUGACCCACCGCAGGGUUCAUUCACAUAACGAGCGUCCUCCAGUGACUGAUGUCGAUUGGCAAUUCGAAGUCUCGGCAUAUGGAUACGAAGGUUUUCCUGGCGAUGCAAACGAUUACUGGCGUGUCGAGAUUGUCAAAUCCUUAUCGGAUGGCGAAGAGGCGAAGAAGCGAUUACGGACUAUUCAAUCGAAAUUUCGACUUGUUCACGUCAUGACUGGCUGUGUUUUGUUCUCACAUAAAGUCAAACUACCCGAUUGGGGUUUCGAUCAACAGGAAGUUACAUGUGCAAAGGGUGCCUCUUUGCCCAACAGCAUCUGGUAUAUCGAGAGCAACAAGCAUCCAAUGCUCCCUCCAGAUGCAGAGAAGGUCACUUACCGAAAUCCUGGCUUCUUCGGCAAAUUUUUCGAGCUUCAGAAGGUUAUGUGGACCACUAACGCUGGUUUGACUGACUCCCACGCCUGGGAUUCUCGUCCUCCGUCAUGGCCAACCCUCCUUCGUGGUAUCAAUUUCUGGGGCCGAGAUCACCGUCAGGUUUACCUCUUCGGAAACCCAUUCGUCUGGUACUCUUCCACUUUGGCAGUUUUGGUUUACGUGAUUUUCAAGGGGAUUUCCCUUCUACGCUGGCAGCGUAACUGUGGUGACUACCGUAAUCCCGCAUUCAAAAGAUUUGACUACGAAAUUGGUACCUCAGUACUUGGCUGGGGUUUCCACUACUUCCCAUUCUACCUUAUGGCCCGCCAGCUCUUCUUACACCACUAUUUCCCCGCUCUCUAUUUUGCUAUUCUUGCGCUGGCCCAAGAGUUUGACUUCAUCACGAACCGUAUCCGCAGCUUGGGACUCACCAUUUUUGCCUUCACCGUUUACUCUCCAUUGAUCUAUGGGAAUCCGUGGACUAGGGACGCCUGCAAGCAAGUUAAGCUUCUGAAAUCAUGGGACUUUGACUGCAACACUUUUUACACCGACUUGAAUCAAUACGUGACUCAUUUCAGCAGUGUGAACUCCGCUGUUCCAACAACGGCGGCAUCUAUUCCCCAGUCGCCUGCACCUGUCAAGGCCGAGCCGAAGCAGGAACAGAAGGAACAAAAGGAAGCCAAGGUGGAGAGUCAGGAACCAAGCAUCACAUCCAGCAGCAUUCCAAAAAUUCGAGGAACGCAAGCGCGAGUGGAAUAUCGUGAUCAGCAGGGUAACAUCCUUGAUGAGGCCGUAGUGGAUUCGUUACGAAAGGAGGGCAAGAUAUCGAUUGAGACGAGACAUGAGACUCGGACUCGCCUGGAGCAUGGUCAUCUGGUGGAUGUUGUCGAUGGCAAGGUUGCUCCGCCUCACCCGGAUGUUGAAGGCCAAAACCCCGAAACUCAGGACAAGCCGGAGGAGAUUGUGGAUGAUAGCCCAGCCUCCGCAGCUGAUGCAGGAAGCUCGGUGGGAGAACCAAAUUCUCCUGAGCCAAAGCCAGCUAGUGAAGGCAACGAGGCGACCCGUUAA